GUUCUCUCUCAAGAUCGCACCGCUGUGCGAGAGCAGUAACACUCUUACUCUUCUCGGAGGCCAAGAGGUUGAGACCAACACCAAUAUCGGCACCCCCCUGUGUUGGUGCCAAUUUCCAAGCCUCCAAUCUUCGUCUGUAUAUAGAUCAAGAAAGCUGAUACCGUAGCUGUCGUUUUAAGCCUGCGUGCCGUAGAAAUGGUCUUCAUCAGGCUUCUCAACUUGACGACAUCGUGCCUGCUGCAACUGGCUGCCGGCAUACAGUCAUACACGUUCCUGGGACAGGAGGCCCAGCCCAUUGCUGUCGACCCAGCCUCGUGCCUCGAGGCCGUCAUCGUGGAGCCACGAAAGCUUCGAACCAUCGCGACAGCGCUCGAAAGUGCAGCGCUUUCGAAUAACGCCGACUUUGAUCUGCUUACUAUUGCUGUGGGGGAUGAGAACGGAGAGUACGUCAAGCAAUUGGUCCAAAACAGCUCAGUUUUGCUCAAGCUGCGCAUGCAGGGCCUCCUGCGAUUCCGGAAGCUCCCGUUCAGAGACCUUGGCGGCAACAGUUUCGACGGUACGAAUCGAACCGCCAAUCCUCGAGGGCACCAUGAUCAGUACAGCCGUGUGUUGAUGAGCGCAGAGUUUUGGGAAGGUUUCACCUGCAAUCGCAUCCUGCUUAUGCAGAGCGACACGGUGCUGUGUUCCAACUCGAAUGUGAAGUUAUCUGACUAUUUCAAAUACGAGUACGUGGGAGGCCGCACUCACAAUUUGGACAAGAAGUAUUUCCCUGGCAGGAGGCACUUGAAUGGGGGGCUUUCGUUUCGAAACCGACUCGGCAUGCUCCGAUGCAUCAAGUCGUUGGCAUCUUAUCCAGAUGAUGUUCGGCUCUGGCUCGAUCAGCUCCCAGAGGACGGCUUCUUCUCCAAUUGCAAGGAGUUGGAGCAGCCUUCUGGCCCAGUUCUGCGCCGUUUCGCGAUCGCUUCCGGGAGCUUCGAGAUGGAGCCGGACCAGGUGCCCUUCGGCGUCCACAGCCCAUGGCAGGAGUCCAGCUGUAAGGGGUGCAGCAAGUCUAAUCUGCAGCACUGCGUGGGCGCCAUCAAGCUCCUCCAGGACACAAACCCCAGGCGUGCCAGGAAGAUCAUGAAGUCUCUGAAGCUGGGGAAAUGGCGGUGAUUCAAGGGGCUCAGUUACUGCAACAUCGAGGUCUUGGAAUGACCGCCCCCGCUCACUGUUCGGCCCGUUUUGGGCCUGGCAUGGCGGGAUGUACCACCAGCCAUCUUGCAGUUGGCAGGCGUUUUCGCUCGCAAACAUCAUGUUGACUCGGGCGCUCCCCACCAAAAUUCUUGACGCUUCGCGUGGAUGCCUUCUCGCCCUCCCGUUCUCGUGCCGCGGCUCGCCCUCCUUCUCUCCCUGGGAAGAGCUGCUCGCGUGUCCGCGCCGCUGGACAAUUCGGACGGCUCGCGGGCUCCGCUUCAUCCAUCUGUGUGGGCUCCAGUGACUUGCUGGGUUUCUCCUGCACGAUUUUGUUGACGGACGGUCCUGGGGCCUGGCGAGGGCCCCCAGGAGCCGAACACCGCCACCCCCGUCGUAUUUCGUUCACAGCGCACUGGCGUGUGGGUUUUGCUGAUGGGAGAAAUCACGG